AUGGGACCGAAACCUCACAUCGGUGUUGUGGGCUCGGGAAUUUCGGGCUUGCGCUGUGCCGACAUUCUCGUUCAGAAUGGUGCCCGGGUGACUAUUUUAGAAGCGAGAGAUCGUAUUGGUGGAAGGGUACAUCAAAACGAUCUUGCCGGUCAUUUGGUAGAUCUGGGGCCUAAUUGGAUCCAUGGCAAGGGAGAAAAUCCAAUCAUGUCCAUCGCUGAGGCAACUCAGACUGUGGCCCAUGAUCCAGAAGGGAGAAAUAUCUCAAUAUCCUGUGAUGGUCAGCUAGUCAAUGAAGAAAGGGCUACCAAGUCGGCAGAGUUUGUCUGGACAACUAUCGAGCAGGCCUUCGAGUAUAGCAAUCAGCAUGGAGAUAGUAUCCCCUCGGAGCAAAGCCUCUUCGACUUCAUCCAGGAGAAAUUGGAGAAAACUGAUUUUUCUGAUGAAGAUAAAAUACUUUGUUUGGAUUCCUGCAAGCUCUGGGGUGCUUAUGUUGGGGAUCCGAUCGAAAGACAGAGUCUCAGGUUUUUCCGAUUGGAAGAAUGCAUCGAUGGGAACAACUACUUUGUAGCAUCGACCUACCAGCGCAUUUUGCAACAUGUUGCCAAGACAGCACUAGCCCAAGCCAAUAUUCGCUUCAAGCAACCUGUCAUGAAAGUCGAAACACCGCCCAAAAACGAGCAGGAACCGAAUCAGAAUCAGGUCACUGUAACCACAGCUUCAGGGGAAAUUUACAAAUUUGAUCAAUUGGUCAUCACUUGUCCCCUCGGCUGGCUGAAACGCAAUACGGAAGCUUUCGAACCACAGCUCCCACGCCGUUUCCUCCAGGCGGUUAACAACAUCUCCUACGGCCGGUUGGAGAAAGUUUUCGUCAAAUUCCCCGAAGCUUUCUGGCACAGCGAGUCAACGAAGACCACGCAGGCGAGUAAGGCCCAACCCACCAGCCCAGUCUUCGCUCAAUUUCUUGAACCAACGUAUACAUCCCAUCCGAAAGAUAUCCAAUGGAAUCAAGAAUGUCUCUCCUUAUCGAAUCUCCCAAGUCCUUGCGCCCAGCCAACCCUCCUAUUCUACACCUACGGACCUUGCGGCACAAACAUAGUCAACCAAAUAGCCGACCUUGACGAAACAUCAAUAGAAUACAAACAGAUCCUCACAAACAUACUGGAACCCUUCUAUUCAAAGCUUCCAGGCUAUGACCCAUCGUCUCCAUCCUGCAAGCCAAGCUCCAUCCUCGCUACACGCUGGCAAUUGGAUCCUUACGCGGGAAAUGGCUCCUAUUGUAAUUUCCAGAUUGGACUGACAGCCGGUGACGAAGAUAUCGAGGUUUUGCGCUCGGGUGAUGGGCUUGGUGCUGAGCGUGGUAUUUGGUUUGCCGGGGAGCAUACUGCACCGUUUGUGGCGUUGGGUACGACAACUGGUGCUUAUUGGAGUGGGGAACGAGCUGCUGCUCAGGUUUGCGAAAGGCUUGGGUUGGGGAGCGUUGGAGUUGAGAGUAUGAGGAAUGAUUCUUUGCCUUCAGGUAGUGAGAAGUGA